UUUCCCUGACAAGGCGUCGGAGCGCGCAUGCUCGGGGGUGGGCGAUGGCCCAGGCCCGUUGCUAGGCGACAGCCCAGGCCCGUUGCUAAGCUACGGCCCAGGCCCAGGCCCAGAGCGCGGUGACCGCCCGCUCCCGAGCCAUGGCAGAGUGGCAGCGAUUAUAUAACAUUGUGGAUGAGACCCUGUGUGAUAAUGUCGUCUGUCAACACCCACUGUGCUGGGCAACCUUCAGACGUCUGGAGCGCGGCCUUCCACGCAUCAGAUUACAGCCUGUCCGCAAGUUCCCUCCAGAAAAGCAAGGUAAAGAUGAUCUUCCACCUCUGAAUAUACUGGAGCUCCCUCAGUGGAGUGCAGAUAAAGCUAUUGAUGUAUCUUCUGCGCCUAUAAUUUCAAGGAAAACAGCUAUUAGUGCGCAGUCCUAUAAAUCAGCCCAUCCAGAUAUCUUGCAGUCUACCAGUGUGUUGGGGACCAGCCUUGGAAGCAGUAUGGAAUUUGUGCGCUAUACCAGAAGUCGUUCUUGUUCUCCUCCAAGCAGGGACAGACCUGUCAGUGCCAGAAAGGUUGAGGUGAUCGAUUUGCAUCAACAGCCUUCCACCUGUGACCAGUACAUGGGGAAGACCACCUAUAUCUGGGUUCCAAACCCUAGGAACAAGAGGAAGUGGCCGAAGAAGCACGCAAAAUCUUUUUCACAUAGCAGCAUAACUCCAAAGUCUGUCUCCUUCAAAGAAAUCAGCUUCCAGGGUCAGCCAUUUGAUCAACUUGAUGGACUGUCAGUGGAACAGAAACAAAGGCAGAAGAUGAGAAAAAAAGCUAAAACUAAGGCACCAACAGGAGGACAGCCGUACACCUUCCUUGCCAGAAAACAGCAGAGCCUGAAGAGAUGGAAAGACACACAGAAGCAAUUGUAUAAAGAGCACAGCAACAAAUUAUCGGAAGUGGCAAAGAGGAUUGUGCAGCAAGCAGACCACAGUGACUUUGUGACAGAGCAAGGUCUAAUACACCAAUAUUCGGCAGCCAAGAGCCAACCUGCAUAUAAUCGCAAUGGGUAUCAAGAUGCGAGAAAAAUUCCAGCUAACAUUAUGCCGAUUCCAGUCAGUAAGAAAGUUAUCCUGCAUCAAUUCACCGAGAAGCAGAAACAAACUCGGUCACCUCGGAAUUCAAGAGGUUUAUCCAGAAUGGAAGAACAGCAUUUGCAGUGCAAAUAUUUUGGCAUCAAUCAUCUGAAGCUGCAAAAGUGUAUUGACAACAAUCUUUCUGACUUCCAAGAUAACAUACAGACGGAUCAAGGUUCUGUGCACCCACCUUCUCCCGCCUCUUCCAUAAAUGAUGAAUGUGUCCAGCGAUGCUCUGAUUUACUGGGUAUGAAAAGUAUUUCAGUCCAUAAUGUGGACGGCAGGCACUUCACUAGCCUGCAGAUGAACCUAUUGAUGAGCCUACCUGGAACCUCCGUGUAUGCACAGAAGCAUGAUUACUUGACAGUGUCUGCAGCCAAAGUACAAAGUAUUAAAGAUCUAAUGGCCAGUGAUGUCACUCUCACGGGAUUUUCAGCAAUUGAACUGACAGCCCCCGAGGGCCAGAGUGGCAUUUCUGGUGACACACAGCAAGACCUCAGCUCUGCUAUUGAAGUUGUAGCUCCAACAUUGGAACAGGCAGGCUCCGUGGACCAGAGCAGUGUUCCUGUUGGCGGACAAGAUCAAAUCAGCGCUGCCACUGAAGUAGGGCCUCCUUUAGAACAAGCGAAUUCUGAGGAUGAGGGUGGACUUCCAAUCGCCAAACCUGAUGUUGAGCAAGACCUCAGCGCUGCUACUGAGGCACCAUCUCCAACGACAGAGCGGGGAGACUCCGAGGAGCAAAGCAAUGUUCCAACCGUUGAAAGGGAUGAACUGCCAGAGCAGGAGUUGGCAGGCACAGGGAUGGAUGAACGGGAAGACCUCAGUGUCAUUGAUGAAACGGAAUCUCCAAGAGUGGACCAGGGUGAAGAGGACCAGAGAGCUCUUCCAACUGCAGAAAUAAAUGAACAGAAAGAUUUGGGAGCUGCCACCAAAAGCAUAUCUUUGACCAGGGAACCAGGGAACGGCAAGAGCCAUGAUAAUCUGCAGGAUGACUUUACAAUUGCUAAAAGUGUUGAAGGGCAAGAUUCAGAAGCUGCCGUUUAAAUGGAUUAUGAAUAUUACAUGGAUUAACAUUAUGAAUAGAGAGGAGAAUUAUCCUCACAAGUUGGUUCUUCACUUUUACACUUAAAAUGUUGCAUCAAAGGUAUUGACUUUUUCAAAUGAGUCACCAGGAUUCAGGAACAGUGAGCUUUGCAGGGAAUUGUGGUGAUCAACCCUCAAGCUGGUGAUGGGAGAGAACCUAAACAUUCUUACAUUUCAUUGUCUGCUGGCCCUCGAUGACCAGAGGCAGAUCAGUCAAACAAUGGACAAAGUCCAGUCCACACUCUGACACGGCAACUUGAAGUCAACUCCAGAUCACCAUUCAUACUGGAUCAGAAGUGUUCUGUAUUAAGAACACCAUUGCUUUCUGUACUUGCUAUCUGUUUUCUAAAAUGUGUUCAACAUUUUUAUCCCUUCAUUGUACGCGGUAAAUCCAUUAAACAAAUCCUCAACUA